AUCUCUUUAAAUGAUAGAUCUGCAUUCUCUUCUGAGUUUUGCCAAUCUUUUUUCAUUUUUCUUUUGAGUCUUUCCCAAUAGAAAACUACUCGGUGCAACUACCAUGGCUAACAACUGUCGUUCCGAUUUUCUAUGGCGAUUGCCAAUAUUAUUGCUAUUUGUCACCGCUAUGGUGGAGGAAGCAGCAUGUGAUUCAGCAACCUCAUUUACACUGGACUCCAUAAGAGACUCUUUGGUGAGGCAAGAAGACACCAUCAUCUUCAGCCUUAUAGAGAGAGCCAAAUUCCCUCUUAAUUCUGCAGCCUACACUGAAUCUUUUCUGAAAGUUUCCAAAUUUUCUGGGUCUAUUGUUCAGUAUAUUAUUCAGGGAUCAGAGGCUCUUCAGGCCAAGGUUGGGAGAUAUGAAAACCCAGAAGAAGUUGCCUUCUUCCCAGCUAAUCUACCGCCAUCAGCGGUGCACCACAACUUUACCAAAAUUUUGUAUCCUGCAGCUGCGGGGGUCAGCAUAAACAAGAACAUAUCAGAUAUUUAUUUCAACCAGCUGCUUCCACUUUUUGUGGCAGAAGGAGAUGAUGGUAACUAUGGUCAAACUACAGCCGCUGAUCUUGCUUGUUUGCAGGCUCUCUCUAGAAGAAUUCAUGAUGGGAGAAUUGUGGCAGAGCUUAAGUACACAGGUUCUCCCCAAGACUAUGAGACUGCAAUUCGCAAUAAGGAUAUAAAUGCUUUAAUGAAGCUAUUAACUGUGGCGAGUCUCGAAGAGAUAGUGAAGAAAAGGGUUGAGAAGAAAGCCAUGGUGUUUGCGCAAGAGGUGACCCUUGAUGACAACAAAAACAAUACAACCAACAAGUACAAAGUUGAUCCAUCGAUUGUUCGUGACCUUUACGAAAAGUGGGUGAUACCUCUCACAAAGGAUGUUGAGAUUGAGUACCUCCUUCACCGCCUUGAUUAAUAAUUCCUAUGAAUCUUUUCGAUCAUAAUGGUGUUUCACAUGAUCACGUCCCUUAAAUUUAGUUUAUUGACCAGUCAUUGAUAAUGUGCACUCUUCACCAAAAUCAUGUAACCAUUAUGAUAUAAUAAUAAUAAUAAUAGAAUUGCAAAUGUUUUAAAAUCUAAAGAAAA